AGUGGCCGCUCAACAAAUAAAACACAGCAGCGUCACCGCAUUUGGUUAAACUGUAACCUGCACUCACCAGUGCGGUACUCGCGUCAAGCAGGGACAUGGCUUUUCCUAAAAUUUUGAGGGGCCACAUGUUCUUAAGAAGCCUCACUCUCAUCCUCAUGGGACUAUUGUUUUCUGUGAUCCUGUGGGAAACCAGCUCUAACAGAAAGUCACUGUCUGAUCUCAGGAUACCACAAGAGUUCUCUCGUGACCUUCCCGGCUGCCUGGCUAUCAUAAGUGGAGAUACAGCGGGCAGGAAAAGGGAAUUGGAGGAACUUCUCGCAUCCAGGAAAAGACCUACUCCGAUAUCUGAGGACUUCUACCUCAGUGUGACAAAAGAUUGUGAAGCUUAUGUUGAAAAAAGAGGCUUUAUGGCGGUGCCCCUCAGUGAAGAGGAGAGGGAUUUUCCCAUUGCCUACUCGAUGGUGAUCCAUGAGAAGAUUGAGAUGUUUGAGCGACUUCUAAGAGCUGUUUACACUCCUCAGAACAUCUACUGUGUGCACGUGGACCAGAAAUCCCCAAAAGAAUUUCAAAAGGCUGCAGAGGCUAUUGUUUCCUGCUUUCCUAAUGUGCUUUUAGCCAGCAAGUCAGAGAGGGUAGUGUAUGCCUCAUGGUCCAGAGUGCAGGCUGAUUUGAACUGCAUGAAAGAUCUGCUAGACUCACACAUCCAGUGGAGGUACAUGCUGAACACCUGCGGGACAGACUUCCCCAUCAAAACCAACAGAGAGAUGAUCCAGGCACUGAAAGCCAUCAAUGGGAGAAACAGCAUGGAGUCUGAGGUCACCAGUGACAGCAAGGCCGGCCGAUGGAUGUACCAUCACAAUGUCACCGGCACUGUUGAACGAACAAAUGUGAGGAAAAGUCCCCCUCCUAUCAGAAGCCCCAUGUUCACAGGGAACGCUUAUUUUGUGGUCACAAGAGAAUUUGUGAAACAUGUGAUGCAGGACAGAGAAGUUCAAGAGCUCAUGGAGUGGGAGAAAGACACAUACAGCCCUGAUGAACACCUAUGGGCAACCCUGCAGAGGAUGCCGUCCGUCCCUGGAUCAGUGCCCGCCAACAGUAAGUAUGACACAACAGACAUGCUCGCCCUGGCUCGUGUGGUGAAGUGGGGCUAUCUAGCAGGAGACGUAAGACGUGGAGCUCCGUACGAGCAUUGCACUGGAGAGUACAGGAGAGCCGUUUGUGUUUACGGGGCUGGAGACCUCCAGUGGCUCCUAACAAAACCACAUCUCCUUGCUAAUAAGUUUGAUCCUGAGGUAGACGAUGUUGCUGUUCGAUGUUUGGAGUCAGUUCUGCGCUUCAAGGCUUACGGAAUAAUUCAAGGUUAAUAGAAUAAUGUUACACCAUUUUGUAAAGCUUAUAAUCAAUUUUGAAAUUUAAAUGUAAAUUAGUAAUUAAUUUAAAUAUUGUAGAACAUUAUUUAUGAAUAUAUGUGUAAAGUAGCCUACUCAUUUCUACCGAGAACAAGUUUAUGUUGUUCCCAAACAUUGUCUUCAAACUUAAUUUAAAAAUUAUAUUUUUUGAACUGUUCAAUCACUUAGUUAUGUUCUGUUGAAUAUCUGCCUUUGUGAAGGUAAUAGCAGACCUCUAAAUGUAUUUUGUCAGCUUUUUGAUUUCAAUGAAAUCUGAAUUUAUUGUGCCAUCUAGUGGAGUCUAAGUGUAAAAGAUUCACAAAUCAAAAACUGUUACAGCAAUUCAGGUCGGUUGUGUCGGUUUUGCCAAACACACUGAAAAUGUAAUCUGAACAUAAGUUAGUUUGUGCUGCCAUAAAUGUAUCUGUGUUUUGUUACCACUGCAAAACUGGCACUUGUUCAAAUAAAAAUGAAUCUAAAACAAU